ACCCAUAUAUUCGUCGACACUGGUCUAGCCGGAAUUGACCAUCGAAAGUAAAUGCGAUCCGAUCCCACCCGAUUGGCUCAUCGAUCAUAACGAAAGCGCGAAAAUCAGGACGAUACAAAUUCUACUCCAGUUUCUCCGCCCGACUCUAUUUGGUUGAAGGGAAGAUUCUUCUAUUCCCUCGUUUUGUGGUAACCAAACGGAAAAUUGCUUGAAUCAAUUUGGAAGUUCAGUCCUGCGUGAGAUGGAAAAUGAUAAUGACUUUACGUUUUGUCAGGUUAGCUUACCUGUUGACCAAGAAGGUCAUGAGACAAAGAAGCUCGUGUCAGAUGUUGGUGGUAUUACUAUAAAAGAUGAAUUCUCUGAUGGCAGUAAUAAUAGUCAGAAUGACAGUCUUUUGAGGAAUGAUAAAGUGCCAGAUGAUACCACCUCUAAGAAGCAGGGUACAGUUGGUUCCUUGUCUUUCAAUGUUACUGAUAUGUCCUCUCUGAAACAAUCAAUGGAAUUUUCAAGACCAGUCGCAUCAGGAGAUGCUGGAGGUUCCGUUAACGAAUUCCAGUUACAGACUGUCGCAAAGAAGCCAGCACCUCGAGCCAAGGUCCCUUUUGAGAAAGGAUAUAGCCAAAUGGACUGGCUUAAGCUUACUCGAACACAUCCUGACCUUGCAGGAUUAAAUGGACAAUCAAAUAAGAGACUUAUUUCUAUGAAUGAAGUUAGACAACAUCAGGAAGAGGGUUCCAUGUGGACUGUUUUAAAGGGUCGUGUGUACAAUAUAUCUCCAUACAUGAAGUUUCAUCCUGGAGGUGUUGAUAUGCUGAUGAAAGCAGUGGGAAAAGACUGCACAUCCUUAUUUAAUAAAUACCAUGCUUGGGUGAAUGCUGAGUUUUUACUAGAGAAGUGCCUUGUGGGUACACUGGAAGAUAGUGGAUGAAGGGCGGAAAGAAUGGAGUAAUUUAGAAGUGGUGUUAAGCCUCAUUCAUCGUCAUGCUAGCUGAUUGGUGUUGAAACUCCUUUUCCAUUUAAUUGUAUCCUGAAAUUAAUGUCACAGUAAAAUGACACCCUGUUUUUAUGGUUGGAAAUUACUUUAUUGUUCCAUCAUUUGGAAUUAAUAAUAAUUCAUAUGUUUUGC